UGGAACAAACGCAGUUAUGUUUUUUAAAAAAAUGGGCCCUCCCCCUUCCCAGAAAGUCUUUCACUACAGUGGCAGGCAUGAUUUUAUAAAGGGAUAACUCUAAAUUUUUUAGUAUUACAAACGGCCUAUCAAAAGAGACUUAGCCUCUAGAAGACCUAUUGUUGAUAUGCUGUGAAGUUGUUCUAGCCUGUGAAUCCUAGUGUUAUGAUUUUCUUGUAUCCUACAGGCAGUUAAGUCUGUCUUGUUUUGGAGAGUUUUUUUAUUUGCUUAGUAAAGUGGAUGAAAUUUAAGCCAUCUGAAAAUGUUGCAUUUAGUUUACUUAUACAUAGCUGUGAUGUUUAAAAAAAGGUAACGUAGAACAAACGACACAACAACUAAAAGCAUCCUUUUUGUAUGGUUAUCUAACUAAUGGUUUGUUGAACCAUUUCAUAGAUUAAGACCUCUUAGCUGUCUCAGGUUCAAUAUAAUGAAAUGACAACAUUCAUAACUGCAAAAUUUAUCCACACUUUUAACAUAUUCUAAGGUGAGGUGGGAAAAAGUUGGAAACUGAAGUCGUACUUUUUCUCCAGCAGCUGCCCUUGCUUCAGUAAUUCACCGGUAGGUUUUCAUUGACUAGCAAUCUUCACAGGUUGUUAUAUUUUAAUUAAUAAAUAGUGCACCCUGAAAGGAUAUUUAGAUGUUUUAUAACUCCUGUAUCUUUACAGGAAAAAAUCCUUAUGAGAGACUUCACUUCCAAAACCUGAAUGGUGACAGUUCUGUUAUGACUUUUAAGGAAACGAAUUCUGCAAUAAAACAAUAGCUGUAACCUCACUAGUUGAUUAUUUGGAACUAGUCUCCAACCUUGUUCACAGAUGGGAAUAUUUAAACUUGCGGUUGGACCUCGGUGUGUGGAGACACUACCCGUCAGCGAAUCAAAUUCAGUGAUGACAGAGUGUGCAAGAGUCACCUCCUCAAUUGCUGCCCUCAUGAUGUCCUCUCUGGAACUAGAAUGGACCUUGGUGAGUGUCUGAAGGUACAUGACCUGGCAUUAAGAGCAGAUUAUGAAAUUGCGUCUAAAGAACAAGACUUCUUCUUUGAACUUGAUGCAAUGGAUCACCUGCAGUCAUUUAUUGCAGACUGUGACAGAAGAACUGAAGUUGCUAAGAAGAGAUUAGCAGAAACCCAGGAAGAGAUCAGUGCUGAAGUUGCAGCUAAGGCUGAGCGAGUGCAUGAAUUGAAUGAAGAGAUUGGGAAGCUUCUUGCCAAAGUCGAACAGCUUGGAGCUGAUGGAAAUGUGGAAGAGUCUCAGAAAGUAAUGGAUGAAGUGGAGAAAGCCCGGGCCAAGAAGAGAGAAGCAGAGGAAGUAUACAGGAACUCUAUGCCUGCAUCUAGCUUUCAGCAGCAGAAGCUCCGGGUCUGUGAAGUGUGUUCUGCCUACCUGGGUCUCCAUGAUAACGACAGGCGGCUUGCUGACCACUUUGGAGGAAAACUUCACUUAGGAUUUAUUGAAAUAAGAGAGAAACUUGAGGAGCUCAGGAGGAUUGUGGCUGAUAAACAAGAAAAACGAAAUCAGGAACGUCUGAAACGGAGAGAGGAGAGGGAAAGAGAGGAAAGAGAGAAGCUGAGGAGGUCCAGAUCCCAUAGCAAGCAAGCUAAAAGAUCUAGGUCUCGAGAUCGCCGCAGACAUCGGUCUCGUUCUCCUUCCUGGGAACGGAAAAGGAGAACUCGUUCCAAGUCCAGGGAGAAACGCCACCGUCACAGAUCUCGCUCUAACAGCCGCAGCAGGAGCCACAGCCACCAUAGAAGCAGGCAUAGUUCCAGGGACAGGAGCCGAGAGCGCAGCUCCAAAAAACGAUCCUCAAAAGAAAGAUCUUCCAGAGACAAAGAACGAUCAAAAGAUAGUGACAGAACAUCGCGUGACAAAGACAGAAGCUCAAGAGAGAGGUCACCCCGAGAGCAGAAAGACAGGAAACGUUCCUAUGAAAGUGCUAAUGGACGAUCAGAAGACCGGAGAAGCUCAGAAGAGCGUGAAGCAGGGGAGAUAUAACCGUGGCUAUACAUUCACCUGAUCUCUAGCUUCCUAUGGAGUUGCAUACUAUGGUUUAGUUUACAAUUUAAAGGGACACCAUUGAGCAGUUCCAGACACUGAUCCAACUAGGGUAGAUGUACAGUAUAUAAAAGUGGUUAUAACCAACUAUAAAUUUAAAUCCUCUUCAGUUGAUGCCUAAAGCUGUGUCCUUGAUUCCACCAAGAUGUAAAACUUUUUUGAAAGAUUUAUCUCUGUUCAGGACAACAGUUUUAUGUACCAUGGUGCGAUCUCAAUGUUUUAAUCUCCUUUUAAAUACAAGUUAAAUAGUGAACAAAUUAUAUUGUACUUCUUGCCUUGGGUGCUCUCAAACCUUUAUAAAAUUCUCCAAUUCUGUUCCAGUCCAAACAGCCACAUUGAAAGGUUUUGUUUUUUGUUUUGUUUUAAGAGGGUGGGUGGGUACUAAACUUUUAUUCUAAGGUUAUCUUCCCAGCAGUAGUAUGGGAACCUAGGAGUUGGUUACAGUGGGAGCAUUUAGACUGGAAUAUGUGCUGGAGAAUGCUGAAAUGUCAUUUUUUACAGUGCCUAUUUAGACUUGGAAAUUGAGCAGCUGUUGCAUUACAUCUUUAUUUUUACUAAAAUUCUGAAAUCAAAGCCAGUCCCACAUCUCUGUACCAUUCAUUUGGUAUGUGUUCAGUAUAUCUGGGUUUUUUCCAUAAAAACUUUUUUCUGCUUUUUCUUGUGGGGUGUAAACUGCACAUCCUUAAUUGUAAUAAAAUAAAAAUAAAAAAGGAAAUGUCAUUGUCCAGUAAAUCAAAUUGAGCACAUUGAUUUCUCAAGUUAUGUGCUGCUAAUUGUAUUUCUCUUAACAGGUCAAUCAAAUGUGGAGAAUAAAAAACAGUUCCGAACCCUCUCA